ACAUCAUAACCAAAUCAAAGUCGUAUUUACUUUACUCUUUUUUACCCACGAGGGAUUCCUUGUAUAUUUCAAUAAAAAAAAAUUUUUUUUCAGUAAAUGUAAAUAGCAGAAUUGUGGCUAGGGAAGUAUAUUAUCGACCUACCUAACUUUAUUGUAGAAAUUUUCGGGAUAAAUGAUUGGACCAUGCAAACUAGAAAUACCUUUUCUUGGAUAAGGGAAGAGAUUACUCGCUCCAUAUCUGUCUCACUCAUGAUAUAUAUAAUAACUUGGGCAUCCAUUUCAAGUGCAUAUCCAAUUUUUGCCCAGCAGAAUUAUGAAAAUCCACGAGAGGCAACUGGGCGUAUUGUAUGUGCCAAUUGCCAUUUAGCUAGUAAGCCCGUGGAUAUUGAGGUUCCACAAGCGGUACUUCCUGAUACUGUAUUUGAAGCAGUUGUUAAAAUUCCUUAUGAUAUGCAGCUAAAACAAGUUCUAGCUAAUGGUAAAAAAGGAGCUUUGAAUGUGGGAGCUGUUCUUAUUUUACCUGAGGGGUUUGAAUUAGCCCCCCCCGAUCGUAUUUCACCCGAGAUCAAAGAAAAGAUAGGAAAUCUGUCUUUUCAGAAUUAUCGCCCCAAUAAAAAAAAUAUUCUUGUGAUAGGUCCUGUUCCUGGUCAAAAAUAUAGUGAAAUAACCUUUCCUAUUCUUGCCCCAGACCCUGCUACUAAUAAAGAUGUUCACUUCUUAAAAUAUCCUAUAUACGUAGGUGGAAAUAGGGGAAGGGGUCAGAUUUAUCCUGAUGGUAGCAAAAGUAACAAUACAGUUUAUAAUGCUACGGCAGGAGGGAUAAUAAGCAAAAUUUUACGAAAAGAAAAAGGUGGAUACGAAAUAACCGUAGUGGAUGCAUCGAAUGAACGCCAAGUAAUUGAUAUUAUCCCUCGAGGCCUAGAACUUCUUGUUUCAGAGGGCGAAUCCAUUAAACUCGAUCAACCAUUAACGAGCAAUCCUAAUGUGGGUGGAUUUGGUCAGGGGGAUGCGGAAAUAGUACUUCAAGAUCCAUUACGUGUCCAAGGCCUUUUGUUCUUCUUAGGAUCGGUUGUUUUGGCACAAAUCUUUUUGGUUCUUAAAAAGAAACAGUUUGAGAAGGUUCAAUUAUCCGAAAUGAAUUUUUAG